GCAUUCAUCAACCAUGGCGCGUUUGGCGCCGCGCUGCGCCUGGCACAGCAGGAGGCCGAGGCGUGGCGCCGGCGCUGCGAGCAGCAGCCGCUGCUCUUCCUCGACAGGGACCUCUUCUCGCAGCUGGCCCGCGUGAUGCGGGAGCUGGCGGCCUUUGUGGGAUGCCGGGCCCAGGACCUGGCGCUGGUGCCCAACGCAACCACAGGUCUGCUGCUGGUCAUGCGGGGCAGGGUGGGACCAGGGGAAACGCUCUUCUCUCUAGAUGUGGGCUAUGGCAGCGUCAAGAAGAUGCUGGCUGUGGUGGCAGAGCAGACGGGGGCACAGCACGUGCAGCACACGGUGCAGCUGCCACUCAGCUCAGCCGAGGAGCUGGUGGCGCAGGUGGCGGCGGCCAUGCCAGCUGGCACCAAACUGGCAGUGUUUGAUGCGGUCACCAGCAACACCGCCAUCCGCCUCCCCAUCCAGCAGCUUGUGCAGCUGUGCCACAGCAGGGGUGUGGAGGUGCUGGUUGAUGGGGCGCAUGCGCUGGGCAUGCUGCCGCUGGACCUGCACGCGCUCGCAGCCGACUAUUUUGUCACCAAUUGCCAUAAGUGGCUGUGCGCCCCCAGAGGCAGCGCCUUCCUGCAUGUGCAGCCGCGCCACCAGGCCCACGUCCGGCCCCUCAUCAUCUCGCACGGUAAACAGAGCCCCUCGCUGGCCCGCCCCUCGGCCCAAGCUGUCGGCUUUGUGUCAGAGUUCAUAUGGGAUGGGUGCCGCGACUACGCCCCCCUGCUGGCGGUGUCGACGGCGCUGCGUGCAUGGCGCCAGCUGGGCCCCGAGGCGGUGCGAUCCUACCAGCGGCAGUUGCUGCACCAGGCCGUGGCGCUGUUGACGCAAGCCUGGGACACAGGCACACUGGUGCCGCUGGACAUGUGCGGCUCAAUGGCGCUGGUGCAGCUGCCAGAUGCAUGCCUGGCUGCCGCACAAUCGGCAGCCGAGCAUAUCAGCACAGCGGCGGCACCAGGUGCUACCUCGGCGGACGGCAAGUGGGUGCAGGACUCUCUGCACUACCAGCACCACGUCGAGUGCCCCAUCAAGUGCAUCAACGGCUGCCUCUAUGCCCGCAUCUCUGGUGCGUGA